AUGUCGAGUUGCAGCGAUGGUUGUCAUCGAGUCGCGAUGGCAUCAUCGUGUCUCGAUCCUUCGAUUGGCUGUAACAGUUGGCCAGUGAAAAGUGAAGGGCAACGACUGGGCUAUGGCGUCUCUGAUAGUUUGACUCAGACUCUUAGGCUUCUCCGCUUCUGCUCGAUUUGGUGUUCAGCUGAAGUAUCUGGACUGCUAAGCACAGCUCGUGAAUCUUCUGAUGGGAUAAUUGGUUUUGGACAAGAAAAUUCAUCCUUUAUUUCACAGCUAACGGCACAGGGAAAGGUGAAAAAGAUAUUUUCACAUUGUUUGAAUCGCAAUGGAGGUGGCAUACUUGCUAUGGGACAAGUAGUUCAGCCUAAAGUCAAAUCAACACCGCUUGAACCAUAUGAGUGUUCAUCUGAAGUAUCUGGACUGCUAAGCACAGCUCGUGAAUCUUCUGAUGAGAUAAUUGGUUUUGGACAAGAAAAUUCAUCCUUUAUUUCACAGCUAACGGCACAGAGAAAGGUGAAAAAGAUAUUUUCACAUUGUUUGAAUCGCAAUGGAGGUGGCAUACUUGCUAUGGGACAAGUAGUUCAGCCUAAAGUCAAAUCAACACCGCUUGAACCAUAUGAGUAUGUGAUGCUGAGUAUUUUUAUUUUCUCUCCUGUCUUUUGUCAUGGAUUAAGGUGUUCAUCUGAAGUAUCUGGACUGCUAAGCACAGCUCGUGAAUCUUCUGAUGGGAUAAUUGGUUUUGGACAAGAAAAUUCAUCCUUUAUUUCACAACUAAUGGCACAGGGAAAGGUGAAAAAGAUAUUUUCACAUUGUUUGAAUCGCAAUGGAGGUGGCAUACUUGCUAUGGGACAAGUAGUUCAGCCUAAAGUCAAAUCAACACCGCUUGAACCAUAUGAGUGUUCAUCUGAAGUAUCUGGACUGCUAAGCACAGCUCGUGAAUCUUCUGAUGGGAUAAUUGGUUUUGGACAAGAAAAUUCAUCCUUUAUUUCACAACUAAUGGCACAGGGAAAGGUGAAAAAGAUAUUUUCACAUUGUUUGAAUCGCAAUGGAGGUGGCAUACUUGCUAUGGGACAAGUAGUUCAGCCUAAAGUCAAAUCAACACCGCGUGAACCAUAUGAGUGUUCAUCUGAAGUAUCUGGACUGUUAAGCACAGCCCGUGAAUCUUCUGAUGGGAUAAUUGGUUUUGGACAAGAAAAUUCAUCCUUUAUUUCACAGCUAACGGCACAGAGAAAGGUGAAAAAGAUAUUUUCACAUUGUUUGAAUCGCAAUGGAGGUGGCAUACUUGCUAUGGGACAAGUAGUUCAGCCUAAAGUCAAAUCAACACCGCUUGAACCAUAUGAGUCACAUUAUACUGUUAUUUUGAAGUCAAUUGAAGUUGGCGGUGUUGCUCUAGACAUUCAAAUUUAUGGUGGCGUAGAGACUAUAAUUGACAGUGGCACAACCUUCGCCUAUUUUAGUAGUUGGAUCUAUGAUCCUCUCGUGGACAAGCUGCUGGAAAAGCAACCUGGACUUAAAACUCGUUUUAUUAACGGGUUCAAAUGCUUUGACUACCAUGGAAAAGGUUUCAAUCUUGGAUCUCCAACCAUUGUGCGACGUCAUAGUAAGCACACAUCAAGAAUUAUUGCAUACCUCAGAAACGAAAGUCAUAUACAGGGAUUUCAAGGCCUCCAACAGUCUUCUCGAUGGGAAUUACAACGCAAAAAUAUCAGAUUUUGGGUUAGCUAAACUACGGCCGUCGGGUGGAAAUUCUCACGUUACAACUCGAGUAUUGGGUACAUACGGUUAUGCUGCACCUGAAUAUGUUGAAACGGGUCAUCUAUAUGUGAAGAGCGAUGUGUAUUGCUUUGGCGUUGUCUUGCUCGAGAUCAUGACAGGGUUACGAACCCUAAGCGACCGAGCGGGCAGCAGAGGUUGGUGGAUUAGGUAAAGCCCAUGCUUUCUCAAGAAAUAUUGAAGGUGAAAUCCAUAAUGGAUGUUCGGAUGAAAGGACAGUAUUCUUCAGAAGCAGCUUUGCAGGCUGCUCAGCUUACUCUUAGAUGCCUACAAUACCUGAGAAGCGGCCUUCAAUGGAAGAAGUGGUGGAGAAUUUGAAGGAGAUUGAAGCUAUGAAGGGGAAACCAAAACCAAGAGCCAAGAAACAUGGCCAAUCCGCCAAGAAAUGGAAGAAGAUGUAUGUACGGAUUAACUGAGGACUUUGUGUAUCAAAAUGUUCCAUCAAAUCCCUUAAACUCACAAAAAUAUUAAAUUGAUUGAGUCAUAAUGUAACUUAUUUAGCAAGUUGGUCCUUA